AUGACGCGGGAAGGCGGAAGCGGCGGCGGCGGCGGGGGCAUGGGGCGGUGCGGGGCCGGGCUGCGGCUGGCCCUGGAGGGGAACAUCGCCGUGGGCAAAUCCACCUUCCUGCGCCUGCUGGCCGCCGCCUUCCCGCGCUGGCACCUGGUGACAGAGCCGGUGGCGCAGUGGCGCCGGGUGCCAGGGGCCGCUGGCACUGCCCAGGAUCCGGGGGGCAGUGCCAACCUGCUGCAGCUGAUGUACCAGGCGCCCGCCCGCUGGUCCUUCACCUUCCAGAGCCUCUCGUGCCUGAGCCGCCUCCGGGCCGUGCUGGAGCCCCCCGGGGGCAGCGGGGGGACCCCCGGGAGCGCCCCCCCCGUCAGGGUCUUUGAGCGCUCCCUGUUCAGUGACAGGUACGUCUUUGCCAAGACCCUGCUGGAGAACGGGCACCUGCAGCCCCUGGAGUGGGCGAUCUACCAGGACUGGCACGAGCUGCUGCUGCGGCACCUGGCACCGCACGCUGCGCCCCACGGCUUCCUGUACCUGCGUGCCAGCCCCCAGACGUGCCUGGAGCGGCUGCGGCGCCGAGGGAGGAGCGAGGAGGGCGGGAUCCAGCUGGGCUACCUGGAGCAGCUGCACGGCCAGCACGAGCUCUGGCUGGUGGCCAGGGCCACUGAGAUCCACUGUGAGGCAGCGCGGCGCGCGCCCGUCCUGGUGCUGGACGUGGAGCAGGACUUCGAGCACGACGGGGCCAGGCAGGGCCAGCUCAUGGCACAGGUGGAGGCCUUUGUGACAUCCCUGGGUGCCCACUCUGUGCCAUCCCAUCCUGAACCCCUGAGCUCCGGGCAAGGGGCGGCGUCUGCCUGAGGACCCCGAGGAGAGGGGACAGUCCCAG